AUGGGUUUAUUUGGCGCAUUAGCAGGAGUUGCAUCCAGAUUUUUGCCCGCAGUGGGAACAAUAGCCAGAGGUGUAUUUGGAGUUGGAAGGAAGAUUUUGAGUACAUUAGGUAUACUUAAAGAGAAAGCACAACCUAUUAUACAAACUGUACAGAAAGGUUGGGAUGUAGCACGAGAUGCAACAAAUCUUAUUCCAAAUCCUGAAACAAGAGGAAAAGUUCAAGGAUGGAUGGACAAUGUAGGAAGACAAGCAGGAAAUUAUUAUAACAAAGCAAAUGAAUACUAUAACCAAGCAGGACACUAUAUGUUUUGUCGGCUUCCAGCAUUUAAACCACGUGUUUGUAAAGUUCUUCCUAUACCUCAGGAAGUUUUAGACCGACUUCAAAAACCUCAACAACCAGUUGAAAACAAACCAAAUUAA